AGCGGAGAAUGUAUGAAAAAUACGGAAAAAACGAAACAAAAACCCAGACGAGACUGCUGAGACAUGUCCUUGGCCUGUAAAAGGGCAGUGAAAUUCCUGGCACUCCAUAACAACAUCAUCAAAGGAUGGAGCGCAACUUCGGUUCCCAGGAGUCCUUUCAGCGGAACCGCUCAACUGAAGUACAGAAUUACAGCAAUUCAAAGCCCCCCCGCUGAAGUAUGCCAUAAGACAAAUGCCAUGGACUCGGUUACAAUUUGGUCUCGUCUUGUCAAUCAAUUGGGAUCGAGUCGGGGCCUAGAACUGGAAAUGGCCAAGGAUGACCGGCGAGCAUUUCCUGUUUGGGUUGGUAAGUUAAUACUCAAACUAGGCUCUAACUUAAUUAGCCACACGACAGAGCGAAGACUGAAUACCGAAAGCACCCCGACUGGUGGUGACCUCAAAGCUGACGGAGGCGACUAAUUUAUCAAAAUGGCUAAAAAACUGAAAUAACACUACGCAUAAUUAAAUCCAGCUAAAAACGAAAAAUGAGUGAAACAGCGAGAUACUCAAAUGCGUUUUUAAACCGUUGCGCAACGCCUAUUUCUAACAGUUUUAAAUUUUGUUCAGACUUUUCUUUGGCGUUUUGUUUGAAUUUUUCCUUUGGUUAAUUGCCGCUUAUUAAUCCCGGCUCCGUUAAUGGUCUCACAAACAAAAAUUCUAAUUAAUGAAAUAUUUUUUGGCCUUUUGCUUGCAUUGUCUACUAGGCAUUCCAGCCCACCGAAAGUAUAAUCAAUCAUGGCCCAAGACCUCAUGAUCUCACAGAUGGUGGAGAUUUUUGGGCAAAGUGAACUUGAGUGUGUUGACAAAUUUGUGAGUUGCCGGCAUGGAUUGACAGGAAAAUUGAGUAAUCAAUCAUGGGCCAUCAAACGAAGCCGACCAAAGCGAAUUGGCCUUCGUAAGGUCUGUAUAGUUAGUUAGCGAAAUCAAGUCUUAUCAACUGAUGAUGCACGUCGUGGCCAUUAUUUAAAUGCUAAUGUUAAUUAACGAAAUCACGUUAGUCGAGAAUGUUGACAAAAAUCGCAGAAUCAGUAGUAGUUGCUGCUCGAACAAGUUGAUUCAGGUUUGCUUUUAUUUUUAGUCGCUGUGCCUCGCAUGCGAUUGAAACGAAAUAUAAAAUUACAUUAAAUUACCGGAUGUAAUUGCGGUGGUCGUGCCAGUCGCCUCUCUCGACCCGGUCAAUGAAUCACGGCCCGGCGCACACGAAAUGCGUCGAAACAAAAGACUCAGGCAACGAACUCGAACUCAACGUGGCCGAGCACUUCACUUACGUAUGUCCAAAUCAGGGAGACCAGCAACCCACACAGAAUGGUAGAAAAAAACUGAAAAAUAAAUGAAGAGAGACCCACACAGAAAGGCCAUUUGAGUGGUAUCUUAUCAGGGCUAACGAUUUUGUCAAAUGACAAUUUUCUCGGCCCCAUUGAAUGCCUCUUUUUCACGCCAUUCAUUGACUUUUGUAUGGUCCAUUUAGUUGUCAAUUAUUUUUGAUAGCCUCCGCUGAGGGAGCUGAUAAGAACUUGUUUAACAAUCCCAGGAAAUCCGUACAUUGAAAAAAGGAGGGGAAUAGAGGACCCCAUCGGAUCUCUGUGGCUGUAGAUCCAGCUACUGCCUCUCUCCGUUUUGGCCAAAUUUGCAUAUUGAACGGCAGUUUGUCUUGAGCCUGAGCUUUUAGUUAUGUCCGAGCAUUAAAUUUAACUAUUAAGCCAUUUUCGGAGGCCAGUUUUGUGGAGCUCGACUUUCCAAACAUUGUCCCCUGACAGUUGUACCCUAUGGGAAUUAUUUUCUUUUUUUAUGCCGCAAUUUAUGAGCCAAAAAGACAAAGAUAGACAGAAUGAUGAGCAUGAAGUGGAGAGGCAUGGGAACGAACCUUGGAUUGGCGAAGUGAAAUGUUUAAAGCUAUAUAACUUUGACAUAUAAUUAGACAGAAAUAAAGGCUUUAUUUCUUAAAUCAAUGGUGCACUCAAUAGUGGCACACCCAAGUUGUUAUAUAUAGCUUGCCAGUUGCAAUUGAAAAAACAAUUGCAAGACCCGACUUAAUUUCAUCAUAAAAAUGUGAAUUAUCUCCAGAUGAAAUUCAUUUCUUGCAACUCAAUCAGGAGGCAUGCAACAGAGGCUGCUGACCUAUAUAUGGUUAAUAAGAACCAACUUAUAUGCCAGCAAAUGUAUGUAGGAAUGCUGGUGGCAUACAUACCAUACAGAUAUACAGAUAUCCAUAUUGAUAUCUCCCCACCU